AUGUUCUCCUCAUCUGGACAGGAGACGGCCGCAGUCGGCAACGUCACACAAAUGUUUGCUGGCAUCAAGUCCAACAUGACAAUUCAACUCGACAAUCAUUAUGCGACCCGGGUAUAUACAUCAGCGUCCUCCAUCUCUGGUCACACCAAGAUCCAGGUCGCCAAGGACACCCCUUUCGACAAGGUCCAGAUACUUUUGCUGGGAACGACAAAGACACGCAUGGAUGGCGUUCGUGCCCCUCACACGACAUCACACACAUUCUUGAAGCUCGAAAUGCCGAUUCCAGACUCGUCGUAUCCUGGCUCGAGGAUUUACCGCGCUGGUCAAACCUAUGAUAUUCCAUUCAAUUUUGUCGUUCCCAACCAACUUACAAUCAAUGCCUGCAACCACAAGGUUGACACCUCUGCCGUACAUGACACCCAUCUCAACUUGCCUCCAUCCAUGGGGCCGUGGAGCGGUCAGGAUGACAUGUCUCCCGAGAUGGCACGAGUCGAGUACUGCAUAGUUGCCAGGGUACUUGCCGAGGAGGACAGGCACGGAAAGAGGGCAAGGAUCCUCGAGGCUUCUCAACAGAUUCGAGUCUUGCCUGCACACGCCGAACAUGCACCACUGGCAAUUGGUCCCAAAGAUGCAGUGUACAAAAUGUCCAAGAGCAAGACAAUGAGGAAAUCACUACUCUCUGGAAAGGUUGGCAAAGUCACAGUCUCGGCCAAGCAACCAGGGGCUAUCAUGCUGAGUCCAGACGGCGCUACAGCUUCCAAAACAGUAGCUCAUGUAGACCUCGUCUUUGAUCCAGCCUCGGCCCAAUCUCUACCACCCAGAGUGAUUGGUGUAUCGUCCAAGGUCACGGCAUUGACCUACUACUGCAAUGGAGCCAUCAGAAGCUUCCCCAACAUGGGAGACUGGACACGAGUCUACGGUGCCGACAGCCGCGGAUCGUAUCCGACGGCCACAUCCAUCUCAGCCAUCCCGAUUGACAAUUGCAACUGGCAGCAAAGCCUCAAGGGCGAGACGCGAAGAGGAUCGACCUAUUCGGCAGACACGGCGAGCACCAACGGCAGCGAUAUUCUUUCCGACACGGACCGUUCGAAUCAUGACGAAUCCAGAAGCCGUCGAGGCAGCAAAGACUCUACCAAAUACGCAUCUCCCGUUUACCACACGGCGAGCUUGAAAAUCCCCAUCGAGUUGCCGACGCACAAGAAAACGUUUAUCCCCUCAUUCCACUCGUGCAUUGCAUCUCGAGCCUAUGUCCUCUGGAUGACCGUGUCCCUGUCGUGCAGCGGCAACAGCUACAGCAUCAUGGUCGGCGUGCCGCUGCAGGUCGGCGUCGAGUCUAGCGACGCGGUGCUCGAGUCGCUCGAACCGCCGAGCUUUGAAACCGCCGUACAAGAAGCCGAGAUUGACGACUUCCUGAGGCCGCGGUCGCUCGUCAUGCCAGAUGUCGUCUUUGAGCGUCACGGACUUCCUGGAUACGCGGAUCUCAUGUCUGGGCGCAUGGUCGCGGUCAACUGA